CUUGAGCUCACGCUGCCACUACAACCGACUGACCGCGCUGGGUUGGCUAGCAAGCGAGGAAGAGACAGAAAUGGCGGUGACGGCAAGGCAAGCAGCAUGAAGUGCUGAUGCAUUACAUGGAUCAAAACCUACAACUGCCAGGACACGGUUGGGAAAAUGACAAUGACGUCGAAGUAGGACACCCUCUGUAACGGUCACUACACACCUACAACACCUUCCCGGGAGAGUUUUCAUCUUGUCAGCGGAGGAGAGAAAAUCUCACCGGGAGCAUGGCUUCUUACAGCAACCAGUACAUCUUCGGGGAGUUCAGCCCUGAUGAGAUCAAUCAGUUCUUCGUGACUCCACGAUGUUAUGUCGAGCUUCCUCCGUUCAAUGACAAAGCCCCGUGCGUCAGUCAGUCUUCUGGAAGUUACUGCACUCCUGCUGUACCUUAUAUUAUGGAGUCUAUGGGACUGCAGGUUUGCGCAGAAGACUAUCAGCGCAUAGAGUUUGGUGUUGACGAGGUGAUGGACUCCAAGCCCGUCGGGGGGAGCGAUCCUUUGUUCAAGGUGUCGAGCACCCUCAACCCGCAGGCUCCAGAGUUCAUCCUGGGCUGCCAGUCGGCCCAGAAGGCUCAGCAGACGCCUCCUCCAGCAGAUGAUGUCACUGACGGAGCAGACUACAACUCGCUGGACGGCCCUGACUCGGAGGCCGGUCCUGACUCGGAGGCCGGUCCUGACUCGGAGGCCGGUCCUGACUCGGAGGCCGGCCCUGACUCUGAGGCCUCAGCCCUGGACAAUCAGGCCUGCCAGGACAUGGACGGACCUGGCAGCCUGGGUCAGCGGGAAAAGAAGAAAAAGAAAAAGCGACCGCCUGGGUACUACAGCUACCUGGACCCGUCGGCCGGCGGUGGCCACGGGCACGGGCACGGCCACGGCCACAGCCACGGCCACAGCAGCUGUGCACCAGACGGGUCGCCUGUGGCAGCGCUAGUUAACGGACAUGCCAUUGGUGGCCCACCGCACAGUGCUGAAGAUGUGGACGGUAAGGUGCUGUUGGGGGCUGAACUUUCCACCCCGGCACCGGUUUCCAUGGCAACAUCAACAGCUGCUGUGGCAGCAGCCGAGUUUGCCCCCACAUCCACUGCCAAUCAGAGGACUUGUGAUAGCCCUGAUGACUCUUCUUUGGACUUAACAAUUGGAGCUGCCUCUUUAUCAGAUGGCAACAAUGCAAAUUCCUCCUCUUCAUCCUCCUCUCAGAGCAGGGGGAUGUCAGAGGGGCCGAGGACUGCAGAUCAGCAGCCAGAUUAUUUGGCUCCACAGAGCCCCGAACUUUCAGAUACUCCCAACAGCCCCCGCUCUAAAUCCCCUCUUACUCCUUCAGCUGCUGUGGCCACCCUCUCUGUUGCCACUCCCAUUACGACUACUGAACUGGAGGACAGGGAGCUGGCGGACAGCGGGGUGGCCAAUGGGUUAGCGGAGGCUGAGGCUCCUGUCAGUGCAGAUGAACUCAAAGAAGACUCUGAGGCGGGGGAGCCGGCCCAGCCGCUCUCCCCAGACUCUGCUGCCCAGACAGUAGUGACAGAGCAGGCCCAGUCGCCUGCCAUUCCAGCUGCACCUACUGCCAACCUCCCCAAAUCUUGGGCUAGCCUCUUCAAAAACUCUAAGCCUCUGCCCGGGGGCCCGCAGGCCUUUGUGGAGGUAAAGAAUGUUGUGGAAGUUGUGUCUCCCUCCAUCGCCACGCCAGAGGAGCCUGAGAAAGUUGGGGAGGUCAAAGUCGGCCCUGUCCACGUUUCAGAGGAUCCUAUGGCCCCUAAACUUGCAGAACUUAUUGAGAAUGUGAAGUUGAUACAUAAACCAGUGUCUUUGCAGCCGAGAGGACUGAUCAACAAGGGAAACUGGUGCUAUAUCAACGCUACCCUACAAGCCCUGAUUGCAUGCCCCCCCAUGUAUCACCUGAUGAAGUCCAUUCCUCUGCAUAACGAAACGCAGAGACCAUGUACCUCCACACCCAUGAUGGACAACUUUGUCAGGCUGGUGAAUGAGUUUAACAACAUGCCUGUCCCAUCUAAAGCCAAACAGCAAGCUGUUGGUGAAAAAGUCAUGAAAGACGUUCGGCCUGGGUCCCCCUUUGAGCCCACCUACAUUUACAGACUGCUCACUCUCAUCAAGUCGAGUCUCUCUGAGAAGGGUCGUCAGGAGGAUGCGGAGGAGUAUCUUGGCUUCACUCUCAACGGACUGCAUGAGGAGAUGCUGGCUUUGAAGAAACUAAUCUCGCCUCAGGAAGAGAAAGCUCCCACACCCAACGGGCCGGAGUCUCAGCCGGGUGUGGAGGAAGACGCUGCUGAUAAGGAUGAAGAAGGCAGCGAGGACGAGUGGGAGCAAGUCGGCCCCAGAAACAAGACUUCCAUCACUCGCCAAGCUGACUUUGUCCGCACACCCAUCACUGACAUAUUUGGCGGACACAUCAGAUCCGUGGUGUAUCAACAAAACUCUAAAGAGUCGGCCACUCUGCAGCCUUUCUUCACCCUGCAGCUGGACAUCCAGUCAGAGAAGAUCCGCACCGUGCAGGAGGCUCUGGAGACCUUGGUGGCCCGCGAGUCAGUCCAGGGAUACACUUCUAAAACCAAGCAGGAGAUUGAGAUCAGUCGGAGGGUGACUCUGGAAGAACUGCCCCCUGUGCUGGUGCUCCAUCUCAAGAGAUUUGUUUUUGAAAAGACUGGAGGCUGCCAGAAACUGAUCAAGAACAUUGAUUACCCCGUUGACCUGGAAAUCAGCAAAGAUCUCUUGUCCGCUGGAGUGCGUGGCAAAGUUGUGAAAGGCCAAAGAACGUACAGGCUCUUUGCAGUUGUCUAUCACCAUGGGAACAGUGCGACAGGCGGUCAUUACACCACGGAUGUCUUCCACAUUGGUCUUAACGGCUGGCUGCGCAUCGACGACCAGGCAGUGAAGGUCAUCAAUCAGUACCAGGUGGUGAAGCAGACUGCAGAGCGCACCGCCUACCUGCUGUACUACCGCCGCGUGGACCUGCUGUAGACACACACUCACACACACACUCACACACACACUCACACACCCCAACACACACGCAAGAAUACCCGAAUAUACUCACAAACGCACACACUAAACAUACAUGCUCCGAAUGCACUCGUUGACAGGACAGUACAUCUACACGUGACACAAACACACAUGAAACUAAUGAACAGGAACACUGCCCAACUUGUUCUCUUGCAAGAUUUUCCUCUUCUUCCCUCCUGUCCCUGCUUUCCUGAGAACCAGCUUUUCCAACACCUUUUUUCCCGUCUCUUUUUUUCUUUCUGGAGGAAGAGAAACAAGCUGCAUUCACGAAGAUUUCCCUGUGACUGCUCUCUUCUGUGCGCCACUGCUGUUUUUUGUUUUGUCCUUUUUUCUUUCUUUUUUUUUUAACUUUUAAAGCAGCAAAGAAAGGACUGUUGAAUAGACCGAGGUGGGGUUGGGGUUACAUGUUAGGACCUGAGACUCUCCUCUGACUGAGCCCACCGCUCACCGAGCACACAGUGGACUCAACGCAGGAAGAACUCUGUACCACAGGCUGCGAGUGGACCGCUGGGGUAAUAUCUCCUGUCAUGAAUGACCUGUUUUAAGGGAAUUACCCAGAAAUAUCAGUGUUCGCCCUUAAAUAAAGGAGAUCUGUUGGCCUGAUACAUUUGCAGCAGUUUAAAAGCCUGUUUGAAUUUGCCCUCAUGAAUUUAAAGGCCCAGCACCAGCAUUAUCGUGAGUCUCUCCUCCCAAGGCCAGAUCGUCGUCUUUGCCACCAACACAAACAACUCUGCCAUUUCCUCACUUUUAUGAUGCUUUUAAAUCGAGGUACAACUUGAGCCAUCAACAACAGGAGAAAAAGAAAGAUGGUACAUCAAGAGCUGAACAGCGUCCUUGUUUGAGAGGUCCUUGGUAUGAUAUUUGGGUUUAGAUGUAGAAAGAAAAUAUUAAUGCGCUUUAGAAUUUAACAAAUACGCUUCUGUGCACAAAGUAUAAACUGAUUGAGGAUUACGAUAUGACAGGCAAAUGCAUAUUUUGCAAAUAUUUAGAUUAAAAUGUUUAAAAGAAAACAAUUAAAAAUAUGAAAUCUGACUGAAAACUUGUGGGUCCCUAAAGGACUGCGCUAGUUUUCAAACUCGGUUAUUGCACUGGAGAAAUGGCAACCAAUCACAACAGAUUCCACUGCAAAACCCGCCCUUGUUUACUUUGUACAUUUCCUUCUCUAUCAAUUCUGUUUUUGUCUUUACGUGUUUAAAGGUUCCACCUGUGGAUAGGUGGCUUAUCAGUGUAGUUUUGAGCCACACCACCCCUCUUACCCCCAACUCAGCAGAAAGCGGGGGCUGCCUUAGGUUCAUUGUGUGAUGUUUUUCCACUCAGUGCACAAGUCUAACCCUAAUCAGGCGCCAACCGCAAGUCUAAUGUCUGCGACGAGUUAGGGGAAGGUACCUGACAUCUUUGUAUUUACUCUUUUGUGGCUCAGCAUUUCCUCCUAGUGGAGGGAACCUGAGUGUCGAGGGAUGUGGGACUACAUCUGUUCUAAGCUCUGCAAAAGAAAAACCCAGACAUGUGCACAAAAGGAGAUAGUGUUUGCUUUGUUAAAGAUUUUGAUUUUCUUUUCUUUCUUUCUUUCUUUUGGAUCAUUGAUUGUGAUGAUUUCUGUUUGAGUUACUAAAAUGUUAGUUUUUAUUUUGUCAUGGAUCAUUGAUUGGAUGUCCCGAUGCUCUCGCUCCCUUCAGAAAAAAUAUGCUUGCAUUUGAAUUGGUGUUUGAAAAUUACACAGGCUAAAGCACAAUAAUGAAUAAAAUUGAACUAGUUCUUUGCUUGAUAUUUAUUUCCUUUUUUGUCAUUUUUCUUUAUAAUUUAGUUAUUUUUCCCGCUUUAUUUUUACCCAUUUUAAUUCCAACCACCAGUGUCAGUAUCUCAGUAUUAACACUCUGAAAUUCAUUUAUCAAGUAUUUUAAAGGAUUUAGGCUUGUGUACUUUGACAUUUUGACACACUUUUCUCGCAGAUAGUUAAUUAUCACAAAGUACACAGGUAAGCUGUUGGUUGUCCCGCAAUUUCCUGUCUCAGAUCAAAAAGAAGGUGCCGUGUAAACAUUAUUUCCUGUAUUUUAAAAACUGCAAGUAUUUCACUUAAACAUGUCCCUUUUUAUAAGUUUGUCGUACAGACUGAAUUGGUUCAGUUUUUCAAUUUGAAAUGAAAGGUCAAAAUUACGUAAUAUCACAUUUAUCUUUUGCCUCUUGUAUAAUAUUAUGUGGUGCAUAGUUUAAUUGACAUUUUCUUGUUGGUUUCAGUCAGAAACCUUCAGGUAAACCAAAGGAAAACAUAAACGGCCCUUCCUUAUUUUCAGACUUUAUUUUUGCCUUUUCCAUCGAGGUCUUGUUGCCAUCUCACGGCUCAUUCCACACAGGAAACUGAGGCAUGCCGCUUAGUCGAAACAUCUUCUAACUUUUAUGAUACUUCAGUUGUGCUGCUGGCUUUGUAGUCAUUUCGGCACAAAUUGUAACAUUGUUGGUUUACGUUUUUUUAUUUCCCCUUUUUUGAAGAAUGUUUGGGAGUUGGGACUUUGAACUGACACCUUGAGCUUUCUGUUGUACAGUUUUAUCUCAGUCUCAUGGCUGGUCAGGAAAUGUGCUGGUGAAAUGCUUCAAUAAUGUCUCUUUUCAGUAUGUGCGCUUAACACCAUUGUCUGCUGGGAUUUGUUGGGAUAUUGACCUAAAAAAACAAAAUCUAUUGUCUUUUAAUUUUAAGCCUCCAGCGUUCUAUUUUGUUAAUUGUUCAAAUAAAGGAUUGUGCAAAAAGAA